AUUCUUUCUCGUCAAACUACACUGAUGAUUAUGUUCUUGUACUGUACUAUUGUUUAAAGAAAUGAAAGGUUUAAAAAGUGUUGUACUACUGAUCUCAGCACCAAGUACAACUGUCUACUAGUAAUAAGCAAAAUGUAGAAGGAUGAAAAGUGCCUACAUUUUUCUCAUCUUAUGAGCCACGUGUCAUCAUCCUUAUGGCUUCAUCAGAAUUUUGUAAGACCACGUCGGAUAAUAAGGACCAAAGAAGCACGAAAAUCAAAUUCAACCAUUGAGUUAUUCCUCAAUUUUUCAUCACACAUUGCCCAUCAUCUCUAUAACAACAUAAACCAAACCUUAGUAAGACAAACGCAAUUAGUUCAGAAAGACACUAGUGUCUGCAGACCAAGAAAGCAGUGGCAAAGAGGCUGACUGAAUAAGUGAUGGCACUUAGAGCUUCAGCCACCACUAAAUCACCACUUCCUCCACCCCCUUCCUCCUCGUCGUCGUCGUCAUCGUCAGUACCUAAACAGUUUAGUCUGCCUAAACUCUCACAAAAACCUGAGUUCACUACAAAAUCUUUGUCAGUUUCAUUCUCUACAUCGACUGCUCUUUUCCUCUUUCCUCUCUUAACUGCCACUCAUGAAGCUAGAGCUAUCAGCUUACCCAAGGAAGACAUCGUCUCUUCCCUUAAUCAGGUAGAAUCGGCAGUUAAUCAAGCUCAAGAGGUUGGUUCGAACAUCUUUGAUACUGCAAGCAAAGUGAUUGGGCCAGUGAUUGACUUUGUGAAGCCCGGGAUCGAUGCAGCAUUGCCUUUAGUAAAACAGGCAGGAGAAGAAGUUUUGAAGACUGCUUCGCCUGUCAUAUCUGAUGCCACUAAGAAAGCCCAAGAGGCAAUCCAGAGUGCUGGUAUGGACUCUCAGCCAGUGAUGACUGCAGCUAAGACAGUAGUUGAUGCAGCUCAACAGACAUCCAAGGUGAUCGAAGGGGCUAAACCAAUCGCCUCAUCCACAGUUGAAACCAUUUCAUCAACUGAUCCAGCUGUUAUUGCAGUGGCUGGUGGCUCAUUAUUUCUGGCAUAUCUUCUACUUCCCCCUGUCUUCUCCGCUCUCUCUUUCAGCUUUCGUGGUUACAAGGGUGAACUAACUCCUGCUCAAACACUGGACAAUAUGUGUUCUAAAAAUUACGUCUUGAUUGAUAUUAGAACAGAGAAGGACAAGGAUAAGGCUGGAAUUCCCCGUCUUCCAUCUAGUGCUAAAAACAAGAUGAUCCAAAUCCCUUUGGAAGAUUUGCCAAGUAAAGUAAGGAGUCUUGUGAGAAAUCCGAAGAAAGUGGAAGCCAAAAUAGUGGCUCUGAAGAUAUCAUUCCUCAAGAAGAUCAACAAGGGGUCCAACAUUGUGAUAAUGGACUCGUACUCUGAUUCAGCUAAAACAGUUGCUAAAUCGCUGACGAGCUUUGGCUUUAAGAACUCGUGGAUCAUAACUGAUGGCUUUUCCGGAAGCAGGGGAUGGUUGCAGAGUCGGCUGGGAACAGAUUCGUACAACUUUUCUUUCGCGGAAAUCUUAUCACCAUCAAGAGUCAUUCCAGGGGCUAGACGUUUUGGUACAACGGGAACUGUUAAAUUGCUUUCAGAUUAACAAGUCUCCCUUGUAAUGACCAACAAAUUGGCCAUAGUAUAGUUUGAAUUCUUAAAGAUAGCCUGCUGUUAUUCUUUGAUCAGUUCUAAUGAAUGAACUAUCUUCUUGUCUCA